UCUCUCUCUCUCUCUCUCUCUCUCUCUCUCUCUCUCUCUUUCCUGCAGAUGAGGACUUUUUUUUUCUCUUUCUCCAAAAAAAGAAAACCGCUUUUCACAGGAUCUCUGACUCAUCUGUUGUACAACUGGGACAGGGAGCGCGCGGAGCCCCCCUCGAUGCCGCGGCGUGUUUAAAGAAGAAGGGACUGUUCGGGGUUGUUUUUUUUCUUUUUCUUUUUUUUCCCUUUCUUUCUUUCGCGAGGAGGUGGUGACCUCGGGAGGGAGGACGCGCCGGGACCAGAGCGCUCCUGGAAGAGGAGGAGAAGGGAGGAGGAGGAGGAGGAGGAGGAGGAGGGUGGGUCACGCCGAGGAAGAGCAUCCUCUCCUCAUCCGUCCUUUACACUCACACACCCUUAAGAUCACAUUGCCACGGUAAUCUUUCAUAAAACAAUAAUAAUAACAACAAUAAUCCGUAGUGGGGCAUCGUAGAAAUAUUUUUGCGGAAACAACCUUUUGCAGCACAAACAAAAACAUCAACCCGCAAAAGAGGAUCGAGGCCAAGGCGAAUUCAUCAGAGGGUUCCACAGACAUAUUACAAGUCAUUGUAAGGAUAUUAUAGGAAUACAGCACACACACACACACACACACACACACACGCACACACGCACAGGACAACCCGACAAGCCGCCGCAGCAUGGAUCUCCCACCAGUCAGAGGUUUAUCUGAUGUGCCGUGAGUGUUGGGAGCACCUUGCCCCAGCCCCGGCCCGCAGCCCUGGUGCCACCCGGCCCGGCUCACCAGGAUGGACCCUGCUCGUUCCUUUAGGAUGGAGCUGGACGGGCUGGACCUCCAGCAGGUCCCAGUGCUGUCGCUCGACCAGAUACGUGCCAUCCGGGCCAACAAUGACUAUGUGGAGAGGCCCGUGGCGCUGGAACCGGUGUCCCAGACCGGAUUUUUUUAUGCCCAUGAAGACCGUUACCCUCACGGAAUAUACACCCAUCACCCCCAGCCCGCCUUCCACUCUGCCUUGCCCCGCAGCCAAAGUCAGCAGCAGCACGCUCACCUGUCCCACCUGAGCCGCUCCAGCACCAUAAGCUCUUCCAUGUCUCGAACCAGUGCCACAUCGGACCAGCGGCUACUGGCAGGUUUGACGCCGUCUCACUCGGGGCUAGCUUCAGUGGUCCGCUCUCAACCCAAAGGGGAACUCAAGCCUGACGUUUCGCUGGGUAAAGGCCUGACAGAGGACGAGGCUGAGUUGGGCCUCCAUCUGUUCAUCUGCGAGCGGUGCGGUCGCUGCAAGUGCCAAGAGUGCUGCGCCCCCCGCCGCCUGCCUUCCUGCUGGGCCUGUGGCCAGCGCUGCCUGUGCUCUGCUGAGAGCGCGGUGGAGUACGGCACCUGCUUGUGUUGCGUUAAAGGCCUAUUCUAUCACUGCUCCGCCCAGGACGACGAGGACAACUGCGCCGACCGCCCGUGCUCCUGCGCUCCAGCCCACGCUUGUGCCCGCUGGGGCACAAUGGGGCUGAUGGCGCUCUGCUUGCCCUGCCUCUGCUGCUAUCCCCCCGCCAGGCUGUGCCUUUCCCUGUGCCAGUGUGCCCACGACCGGGCCACGCGCCCCGGCUGCAGGUGCAGCAACACCAACACUGUGUGCCGCAAGAUCUCUGCCUCUAACCCUAACUCUGGCCACCCGUCGCUCCGCAGCAAAGCUCUAGAGAAGCCGUUAUGACAGGCUUGGACGGGAGCCUCAGGAAUACACUUCUCUUCAGCCGUGGCCAAAGCAACACUGUCGCCAAUCAACAGUGCCACAGCUGACAUUGGGACAGCGAUGCCACCGCGACCCGCCUACCUAGAUAUGACAAGCCAACCAACCAACCAAUCAACCAUGAAGUGUUGUUCACCUAAUGUACCUUGAAUUUACUUAUUCUCCAGCUCAGGAGGGACCAAAGCUUAACUGUGCCUGUUCAUGUUGGAGACUUUAUGCCUACAAACAAAAACUCCUCCUGAAGAAAGAAGCUGUCGUGCUUUGCCGGACUGCCCGUCAACCUUAACCAAGGCUUACAGACAGAACAUCACCUCUCUCUGCAUUCCGUAAUCUGGACGUCUGAAUAGACAUUUAUUUAUUGUCGAACUUCUUCCCUCUCCACACUCUGCAAAGGCAACGCACAGAGACCGGUGAUGGACCAAAUCAGGGAGGAGGGGAGUUUGUCGUGACGUGUAUGGUCCAUGCUAACAGAGUUUCUGUCCUCUUGAAAGACAGAAUCAGGAGACACAUUAGAGACUGAGAACUUUAGACCGCAAAGUUCAGAAGACUCCACAAAGGAUGAAGAUGAACAGAUGGGGGGGAAAAAAACAAAACAACAGCGUUGUGUUGCGGUAAAUAUCGGACUGGGACUCAGAGCGAAGCAUCAAGGCAUAGAGUGGGAACAGAGACGCUGUCAACAACAACAGUCUGACACCAAAAAGGGACCAUGCACUGUACAAACUGUGUGAACUUCAACGCUAUUAAGCUCAUUUGUAAAGGUAGAUGGACAGGUUUUCCUCAGCAGCCAAGAGCUGAUUGGGGAUUAUUCAACAGGAGCGAGGGGUGCGUCCAUUGUGACUAGGCAGCGUGUGUGUGUGUGUGUGUGUGAGUCCUCCUCCUGUACAACAAGCUGUGCAUUGUAGAGCCUGUGUCUAUGUUGUUUUGUCAGCAGAAGAAGCCUCCCUUGUCUUAUUUUUAGCAGUGCCGCUUCAGUGGAGCUCUGGGGGUCUGGUUGGGUUUCCUCCUGAAGUCAGUCUGUCGCCAGCCUCUCUCCUCUGACCGACCUCCUCCUCCACUCCGCUUAAAUCACCGGUCCCGCUCUCCUCCCGUCCUCAAAUCAAACGUCGCAAUAUCCCAGACACAUGUCCCCGUCUCGCUCUCAGUUCGGGCCGCCCCGUGUUAGCAUCUCGGCCCGGAGUCACUCAAGGUGCAAAAGCAGCGGCUUUAAUUUCACUCGAUUCACCAACCAAGAUUGGCAACUUGAGUACAUUCGGAAUACGUCGAACGGAACAGGUAGCCCAACGUUUUGGGGGGGGAACUGAGAUUUUGAGUUAAGCCGACUGACUCGAGGCGUAUUGCUCCCACACGCCCACAUAUCCCUUCCCGCCUCGUCCGUUUCUCCUCUUACGCUCGGAGGGCUAAAAGCUUCCAGUUCCUCGUCCGCAGAGAGUUGAUCAAACAGGCAAUUAGCUCCGUGAUAGCCCUUAAUGGGCCGCAGAAGAAUGGAGCGUGGGAGGGAGGGAAGACGAGAGGACAGGAUGAGUGGAAUUGCGGUGUUGGGCAGAUGGACAGCUGAUGGGGAAAAGAGGGAUGCCGGGAAGGGGAAGGAGACAGGAGAGAGGUUGAAUGAAGGGAAGUAAAGAGGGAAGAGAGGGUGUUGAUGUCGCCAUUAGGUCAGAUGGAGACGGAGCAUGUCUGACAAAAUGGGAGGGGGGAGGUUAGUUGAAAUGAAUUUCAUUGCCUCUACUACAUUUAUUCCGCACUUCAGGUAUAAAACGAAUGCAACAACAGUGCAUGGCUUUGCAAGGAAGGAAGGAAGGCUCCAAAGCUGAUAAAACAAACAUCAGGCCGGUGCAUGUGUGUAUGUGUGUGUGUUUGUGUGUGUGUGUGUGUGUGCGUGUGUGUGGGUUUGGAUGCAUGUGGGCUUUUUUGUGUGUGUGCAUGUGUGACAGGAUGCAUCACACAAGCACGGACACACUGACCUGUUAUGUUAAAAGUUACUUUGCUAUAUUUUUAUAUGUAAAUACGGGCUAUUAACUGUACAACUAUUUUUAUUCUGCUUUAUUUUGUCCCUAUGAGAUUGAUAUUAUUAAUAUUAUUAUUAUUAUGGCUUUUCCGUUAUAGUGAACAUUUACUUAUUUACUGUCCACUUGUGACCAAUUCAGAACGUGAACGUUUGGGGCAACUGUGACGGGAAAUUUCGAACAAGGACUUGGGGAAAUGUCGCAGCAUCAACUCUUCACCGUGUCGUUGUGUGGACAGAAGUAGUUCAGUAUUAUUGCUUGGUUUGAAUCCUUUGGUUUGAGACCAAAUGCAUCUUUAGCAUCAAGUACCAAAAGCUAAGCUCCGAAGCGGCUCAGCCGUCGGGUCAGUUGUAUUCUGGAUCAUUCCCUGUUCUUCCUUAUGGCUUAAAAGAACAAAAUUCUGAUUUGUCCAACAAUUCUUCUCAGGAAAUAUCAGUGCAGCCCCGGUCACGACUGCGCGCAGGAGGGUGGAAGCCAGAUUACGACAGGGCCGGAAUUGAUUUGCUGCAUCAAACAGUUUGAUACACGUUAAAAUAAAGCCUGGGAAAAGACAAGGUGUCUGUCGGAUCACCUAACAGCAUCUGAUAAACUCUUUCCGACGUCGGAAUGGAAAGGCUGCGUCCCACGACUUUUUGUAUCUUUCCUUUCCGAAAAUCUGAUCGGCUUUACGCAACAACUAGCCUGGUGCGCAGGAGCUCGAACGUCCCUCAAUUCAAUACCACGGUCGCACUAAUCUGGGGAUAGGGGAGACUGUCCAAAAGUGUGCCAUUAUCCCCAUUUGUGCAUGAAGAGCAUCAACACUACGCAGGUUUGUCACAGGAUGAUUGAGUGAGAUCAGGGGACACAGUGGGAUGUGGGCCAUUUGCGACGGGUACAAACCAAUGACCGUAUACAAAGAUGGUGCGGUAUCGAGGUCCCGCAGGUACACCCAACCUCACCAAUCAUGAGUCAAUCUCAGCCGUCAAUACUCGCAUCUCAACCCAUUUUUACGGCAUAAAAUAAAGUACGACUUUGGAGUUUGGCCCACAUCUGGGCGGGAUUUAUGACCCAUACUGCGGCCCGCCACCAGGGGCGUCUCGGUUUUUGCGUACAUUUCGGGGAGCGGCCAUGCCGUUCAUCUUUACGGACAGUCAUCGUCAUGAACACUUGCCUUCAGCAGUGGUUGGACAGACUGGUAAUAAGGUAUUAUUGCAGACUUGAUGGCUUCAGUAAGUCAUUCGAUUUUGAAUUUUUUUUUUUAACAAAAUGCUCAGAGCCUUCCUCCAGAAGGUGGCGAUGGAUUAAGGCAGAGAGCUAAGAUGUCAAAGGGGAUACUAACAGACCAAAGUUGUACUACACUUAAAUAUAGCAAGCUAAAUGUUCUUUUUAAAUCAAGCGUUACAGCGAAUUCAUUUGCAAGAGAGGUAAGAAAUGUUUUAAUAGUUUUUAUCUGUGCGAUUGCUGUUUUUUUGUUGUUGUUGUUGUUGUUGUUGCCCCAAAUGUUUCUGUGCUCAUCACUGGUUUCACUUUAAGACGGGUUAGUAACUGUGGAGGACACGCUUAACUUAAAUAUGGCUAUUUUUGUCCAUUUGUUUUUUCCAUGUUGCAAGUUUGUCCACUUUUAAGUGUCACCAAUGGCUUUAUGGUUAUUAUUAGAAGAAUAGGCAAUCGGGGGAAAAAAUCAUAAUCUUUGUAAUUGACACCUAUUCAUACAAAUCACCUAUAGGCUGUCCACACUGAUGCUGAUGAGUGUGAAAACGUUUUUUUUUUUCAGUUUUUCAUCCACAGCCGGCGUCUUCGACCAACCAAAAUAGAACAAGUCAAAAAUUGCCAGUCUUGAGAAACUGAGCUUUUUCAAAAGAUGUCUGUCACGGGAGCCAUUUAUGAUAAACCGCUGGCACAUUCUAUCCUGCAUGCGUGCUUUGUGAAUGACAAAACGAUGCUUCAAAAACAGCAGAAAACCAUGGCGGCCAUGUGCAGACCCAACUGAUCGUUAAAAAGAAAGAAGAGAAACAACAACAGAGACAUACUUUGGGGAUUUUGUGGUGUUUGAAGACAACAAACGUGGACAGAAAACUGACAAAAAAGGAAACGUUUUCAUAUUUAACCUCGUUGGUGUGGGCGCGGCCUCUGAUUGGUCCAACACAGGCGCCCACGCCGUCUCCUCUACAUUGAUUGGAUGAAGCAGCAAGACUCAGAUGCCGGUGCUUGUGAGGAAGAUUGACACGAACCCGGACUGCUUAUGAUUCAGAGGAAACUGUUGCACUUUUUCUUUCUUUUUUUUUAAAAACUGGUUCAUCUGUUGUUCAGAGUGACUUUAAAAUAUUUAGUCGCAGCUCAAUCAUAACCACUUCCGAGUGCAAUGUGUUGAAGUACUUCAGGAACACGCAGAGUGAUUCACGCAGUGUUCCAAUGUUUAAUUAACCUUUUCUUCUUCAAAAGUUUCAUUUUUUACUGUAUGUAAUUUGUGUCAAAUGGUUUUUUUUAAUCUAAUGAAGCACAAACAAAUUUGUUUUUACUGAAAUGCAAAUUAUUGUGAUUGCGAGAUUUGUAAUUGUAUUAAUUUUCCAUGGACUUCACCUGACCUUUGCUGACUAAGCUAUCUGGGCGUCCGCGCGUACAAUUAAAACCACUGCGAUACGUAAAUUCUCUGAAUUCGAAGAUUGCCCACACAUUUUUCGAAUGUUUCCAACAUUCCUCGCCGUCGAGACGAAGAGCUCAUACCAGGAACCGGUCCGAUGCUGUAUGUGCGCAGGCUGCCACCGUCACCACCACGCGUCUCCUCUUGUGUCUUAGCAGAGCAUCGCUUUUUGGUCCAAAUUGGCAUCUUGUAUGUUGUGAAAGAAUUUAAGGAGAGUAUAUGGAACAAAUAUGUAUAGAAAAAAAAAUUAUCUAAAAUGAAUAUAUUAUAUACGGAACAAUAUGCAUUUCACCACUUUCUUUCAUUGCUGAUAUUGCUUCAUGGGUAUUUAUUUUAAUGGUUACAACAAUGGGCGGGAACAAUAAUCAUGGAGGGCGAUGUCGAUGCGCGACGUAUUUAUUUUACAGUGGUUUGAAGAGCACCGAUGUUGUUGUUGCUGUUGUUUGUCUUUUUGGUUUCUGUUGAUUUGUUCCUCUCAGUGUGGCGUGGCUGCUGCUGCUACCCUCCUGGCUAAUGAUGAACCAAUAAAAAGGAAUUUCCAAACGGA